UACGAAAUAUGAUCCCUACCUACUUUGAACAUCUACAAAUCAGAAUAUUGAACCAUUUAUAGCAACAGCUUGUUGAUUGUUUCAAGUGGAGUCGAAAAGUGAAAUAAGUGCAUACAGAAGUCUUCUAAAGGAAAUCUCAUCAUUCAGUGAAUAAAGAUUUUUCUUGAAACAAUAAAGAAAUAUGAAUACUAUUCCUAUUCUACUGACCAUGAUAAUUAUCGCCGAGUGUCAGAUGGCAUUUACUAAUGAAGUACAAAACAAUCGGCGAAUAUCUGACUUGCAAGUCACAGAAAACCAAGAAAUACAAGACAUUGAUGCCAUAAAAAGGAGAUCUAUAAUAUCAGAGGAGACGUAUGGCACGGAGGUUACAAGACGAAUAGUGGACAGGGCUGAAGAUGAUGAAAAGGCCGGACCAAGAAUAGAAAGACUAGUAAAAAGGGUUACAGUGAAAGAAUUGGAACACAAAUUAAAUGUUGCACGAAAGGAAAACAGAGCUCAAAUCAAGGCAUGCGGAGAAAAACAUAAUUUUAAGCCGUUUGAACAAUGCAAAAAUUGUUAUCAGAAUUGUAGAGGUCCUAGACACUGUAUGCGGUGCAGAUUAGUGUGCUUACGGGACAAGAACGAAUUGAACUCAAAAGGCUGCGAUAUAGACAAAAGUAAAAUAAACGCAUUACGACAAAGGAUAAAUGUUUUAACAGGAAAAUGAGAUGUCAAUAAGUGAAAAGAGCUACUGUAGAGAUUUUAGAAAAUGAAAUGAAUAAAAUUCUAUGCAAUGAA